GGUGGCGACCUCCUUUUCAUUUCCGCCACCGACGGACACGUACUGGUGAAACACGCGAAUCAACUGAAUAUUGCCCAAAAAGCGUGUAAAGUUGAUCGAAAUCUUCGGAAAAGAACAUCAAAAUGGCCGGUACUCUGUACACAUACCCGGAGAAUUUCCGUGCUUUCAAAGUACUGAUUGCGGCCCAAUAUUCUGGCGUUGCGGUGCAAGUUGCUUCCGACUUCGUGUUCGGGGAAACCAACAGCAGCGAAUCGUUCCUGCAAAAGUUCCCCGGUGGUAAGGUGCCGGCAUACGAAACGAAGGACGGGAAAUACUUAACGGAAAGCAAUGCGAUCGCUUACUACGUUGCCAACGAACAGCUCCGCGGUACGAACGAUUUCCACCGUGCCGAGGUUCAAUCGUUCCUAAGCUUCGCCGACAGCGAGCUGCUGCCUGCCGUCCAGGGAUGGACGUUCCCGAUUAUUGGCAUUGUGCCGUACAACAAGAACAACGUCGAGCGCGCCAAGGAGGAGCUGCGCCGUAGCUUGACCGUCCUCAACAAUCGACUGCUGAAGCAAACGUUCCUGGUGGGCGAGCGUGUAACGCUUGCCGAUAUCGUGGUGUACGCCACCCUGCUACACGCCUACGAAUAUGUGCUCGAUCCUGCCUUCCGUACGCCGUUCGGUGCCGUUACGCGGUGGUUCACAACGAUCAUGAACCAGCCGCAGGUUCUGGCCGUUGUCAAGCCGCCAACGCUCUGUGCCAAGGUUGCGCAGGCCGAUCCAAAGAAGUACGCCGAGUUCCAGGCGAAGGUGAGCGGAGGAAAUGCUACGGUGGAAAAGAAGAAGGAAAAGAAGGAGAAGAAACCGGCGCCGGAAAAGGCUGCGGCGGCUGAGCCGGAGGCUGCGGAGCAGCCAGAUGUCGCCGACGAGCUGAUUGCCGCCGAACCGAAACAGAACGAUCCGUUCGAAACGCUGCCGAAGGGCACAUUCAACUUCGACGACUUCAAACGCUUCUACUCGAACGAGGAGGAAGCAAAAUCGAUCCCCUACUUCUGGACCAAGUUUGAUCCGGCGCACUAUUCGAUCUGGUACGGCGAGUACAAAUAUCCGGAAGAGCUGACGAAGGUGUUCAUGAGCUGCAAUUUGAUAACCGGCAUGUUCCAGCGCUUGGACAAGAUGCGCAAGCAAAGUUUCGCGUCCGUCUGUCUGUUCGGCGAGGACAACAACAGUACAAUUUCCGGCGUGUGGGUCUGGCGCGGCCAGGACCUGGCGUUCAAGCUGUCGCCCGACUGGCAGAUCGACUACGAGGUGUACGACUGGAAGAAGCUAGACCCGGCAUCGGAAGAGACGAAGCAGCUGGUUGCACAAUACUUCUCGUGGAGCGGUACCGACAAGAAUGGGCGCAAAUUUAAUCAGGGCAAAAUAUUCAAGUAA